AUGUCUUUGCUCCUACCUUUAACUGGCUGCUUCGCAAGUCGCGAAGCUCUUAUUCAACAUGUUAAAACACAUGCAUUCAGUCAUGGAUAUGCAGUAUACAUAAAAAGAUCUGAGCAGGAUAAGUUCAUGUAUUUAUGUUGUGAUAAGGGUGGUACCUACAGAAAUUCUUUAAAUCUUACAGAUAAUACUUGCCAGAGAGCUACAACAUCAAAAGACAUAUCUGGGCACCUAUCAAGUCAUCGAUUAAACAUGGAAGAUCAACAAAAAAUUCGACAAAUGUCUGCAGCAGGCAUCUGUCCUCGGGAAAUGCUUUCAACUCUUUGCCAAAGCAACCCAAAUCUUAUAGCUAUUUCAAAAACUAUUUACAAUGUUCGAGAUAAGAUUCGACAUGAUAAUCUUCAAGGUCGCACUCCAAUUCAGGCUCUUCUUAAUGAGCUUAAAGAAGGAAGCUUUGAGUAUGACUUUCAAUGCAGUGAAAAUGGUCAUUUGAUUCACCUCUUUUUUGCACAUCCUAUAUCAAUCGUACUUACCAAAACUUAUAGCUCCGUUCUUUUGAUGGAUUGUACUUACAAAACUAAUAAGUUUAGAAUGCCACUCUUUCAUAUUAUUGAUAUGACAAGUUUCAAUACUACAUUUUCUUCUUGUUUUGCUUUUCUAAAAUCGGAACAAGAAGAAGAUUAUGAAUGGGCUCUCAUCCAUGUUGCUCGUAUUUUUAAAGAGAUUUCAAAGCCUCAGGUUAUUAUAAGUGAUCGAAAUCAGGCAUUAAUGCAUGCUAUACGAACUAUCUUUCCUGAAUCACAAAACUUUUUAUGUGUCUGGCAUAUUGAAAAAAACAUAUUGACCAAUUGUCAUAAUCAGUUCUCUAUGGAUGAAGAAUGGAUUGAAUUUUUGGGCAACUGGAUUAUUGACACAUGGUUACCAUUAAAAAAACAUUUUGUGAGUCUUUGGACAAAUUGUUACUUGCAUUUGGGUAAUGUAACCACAUCAUGGGUAGAAGGGUCCCACGCAAUGCUAAAAAAGUAUCUUCAAGUGUCGACAG